GUCACUGCAUGCCCACUCAGAAAGUUACUACACAAUAAAAGCUGACAAAGAGCCCUCACCAAAGAUAAGACUUCACUGUUUAUAUCUUGAGAUUGUAAUGAGCAAAUCAACCAGACUUGUGGAUUGAAGAAAACAGAGAGAUGGAGGGAGAGAAAGGAAGAGUGUGUGUAACAGGUGGUUCAGGGUUUAUAGGGUCUUGGCUGGUCAUGAGGCUCCUUGAUCAUGGCUACUCUGUCAACACCACUGUCAGAUCAGACCCAGAGAACAAGAAAGAUCUAAGCUUCCUCACAAGUCUACCAGGAGCAUCGGCACGGCUAAAAAUUUUCAAUGCGGAUCUCAGCAACCCAGAAAGUUUCAAUGCAGCCAUUGAAGGAUGCAUCGGAUUGUUCCAUGUUGCUACUCCAGUUGACUUCCAAGAUAAGGAACCUGAAGAAGUGGUGACCAAAAGAUCAAUUGAUGGAGCCCUUGGCAUUCUAAAGGCAUGCUUAAAUUCGAAAACUGUGAAACGAGUUGUAUACACCUCGAGUGCAUCUGCUGUCCAGUUGGGCAAGGAGGAGGAUGCAGAGCAACUGGAGAGCUUUUGGAGUGACAUAGAUUACAUUAAAGCUGUCAAGCCAUAUGGAGGCUCAUACAUGAUUUCAAAGACAUUAACUGAAAGGGCAGUUCUUGAAUUUUCAGAGAAAUAUGGAUUGGAUGUUGUGACAGUAAUUCCUUCUUUUGUUGUUGGCCCCUUCAUUUGUCCAAAGCUCCCCGGCUCUGUUCAAACCACUUUGUCUAUGGCCUUUGGUGACUUUGAUCAACUUAGCUUUAUUAUCAAUACAUCUGUGGUGCAUGUGGAUGAUGUUGCCGGAGCACACAUUUUCCUUUUUGAACAUCAUGAGGCAAAAGGGAGAUACAAUUGUUCUGCAGAUGUCAUAACACUUGUACAAAUAGCUGAAUUAAUCUCUGCAAAAUACCCGGAAGCUCGAAUACCGUCUGUAGAUGAUUUAAGUAGAGUUGAAGGUCCGAAAUUUUCUACUCUGUCAUCAAAGAAGCUAUUGGAUGCUGGUUUCAAAUUCAAGUAUGGGGUUGAUGAGAUGUUCAGUGAUGCAAUUCAAUGCUGCAGAGAAAAGCAUUAUCUGUAGUUCCUUCCUGGAACUGUGAGUCUUAUGCAUGAUUCUAUGGAAGUUUGAUACCGUAACAGAAAACCAAUCCCCUUUGUUGGAUGGGAAAAGGAACUUUGCAAGUUUGAUACCAAUAAAUGCGCAUUGUGUGCUAUAUUGAUUCCUGCAGAAAAAAGAAAACAAAA